GUGUGUACUGCCGGUGACUACCCACCUCUCACGCACUUCAGCAAGGAAGGCGGAUUUCGAGGCUUGGCGCCUCAGGUGAUUCAGAAUUUUGCGUCCUCCCGGAACCUUAGCAUAGACUUCGUGCUAACUCCUUGGGCUGAACUCCAGAACUACCUGGAGACGAAGUGCGUGCUUGCAGCAGGAGGCAUCACCUGGACGGAGGAGCGUGCGAAGCAGUUUAUCGCCUCUGUGCCCAUAGAAGCAGACAGGAAGAUUCCGGUUUUUGCUUCAAGGAACGCGCCGCUGUUUCAGGACUUUAAGGAUUUCAAUCAGCCGGAUGUCAUCAUCGUUGAGAACCAUGGUGGUACCAACGAAAAGUACGCUCGCACAUUGUUUGAGAAAGGCCUCAUGACAAAGCCCAGUCUGGAGAUCAUUCCCACAAAUCAAGGGGCUUACGCUUGCCUACGUGAGUGUGGAGCGCGUCCACUCGUCAUGUUCACCGACAGCAUUGAGGUCGACUUUGUCUCUGGGCAGCCUGGAUCCAUUUUAUCUGAUUUGGGUGCCCGGAUAGCCAUGCCGGAUCUUCCAGCUUUCGAGAGCGAGAAGGUCUACUUGGCCAGGAACUCCUCCGAAGGUCGUGCGCUCAUGCAGGAGCUCAACAGGUUUCUGUUGGAGAUCAAGGCGGACGGUCGCUACCAGCUGUGGAAGAGGAACGCCUUCUCGGCUAAGUAUCCUUCUCCGGCUGCAGGCUGCCCACUUAAGCCUCGUUGUCAGGGCGGGAGCGACGUCUGA